UGGGCUUCGUAUUUUAAAUGCAGGGUACCGGUGUGUUGUGAUGGAGCGCUGGAAGGGCAGAGUGGCUCUGGUGACGGGAGCCUCGGUCGGGAUCGGUGCGGCCAUAGCAAAGGAGCUGGUCCGACACGGUAUGAAAGUGAUGGGCUGUGCCAGGGACGUCGAAAAAAUACAGAAACUGGCAGCUGAGUGUCAAACUGCAGGCCACAGUGGUGUUUUGGUGCCUUUCAAGUGUGAUCUGAGCAAUGAAGAGGAGAUUCUAUCCAUGUUCUCUGUCAUCAAAGCGCAGCACAAAGGUGUGGAUGUGUGCAUCAACAACGCCGGCCUGGCUCAUCCAGACUCACUGUUAAAUGGCAAAACCAGUGGCUGGAGGAACAUGCUGGAUGUGAACGUUGUUGCCUUGUCAAUAUGCACACGUGAAGCGUAUCAGUCAAUGAAAGAAAGAAAUGUUGAUGAUGGCCACAUCAUACACAUAAACAGCAUGAGCGGACAUCGUGUCCCUCCUGGUUCUUCACAUUUCUACUGUGCCACCAAGUACGCUGUGACGGCCUUGACAGAGGGCCUGAGACAGGAGCUGCGAGAGGCCAACACCCACAUCAGAGCCACAUGUAUUUCUCCUGGUUUAGUAGAGACAGAAUUUGCUGCACGUCUCUUAAAAGAUGAUCCUGAAAAAGCUGCUGUUGUGUACUCUAAAUAUAAGCCUUUGCAAGCAAUCAAUGUUGCGGAUGCUGUUACAUACGUCCUAAGUGCCCCUCCCCACGUGCAGAUUGGAGACGUUCAGAUGCGACCUGUGGAGCAGUUGGUGUAGUGUUGCACCAUGUGACAGCUGAUUUAUUGCACUAAGAAAUUCUCCAUCUGACUGGUUUAUGACAUUUGUGAAUCUAAUUGCUUAAUAUGACACUGUAUUAACUUUAGCUUUUAAAGCUCAUGC